CCAAGUUCCAAGUUUCUUUUUGUAUUCUUGAUUCACUGAUCAAUGUUCUCUUAAGACAAAACAUCUAUGUACCUACUUCUAGGUAUUCAAACAAGAAACUGACAGGUUCAAUGUUUGCAAAAACUAAAGCUAUAACCAACUUUUAUUAAAUGCGCAUGGCUAAAGAUGAUUGGCCUUCAGUGCCCAUCAUUACUAACUAUAUCACUACAAUCCGUGCUGUGUUAAUAUAGUAUAUUUAUUUGAAGCUGGGCCAACUGCGACGUCUAGCCCGCUCAUUUCAUCUCAAACAUCAUGACACGACGGAUAGUGCGCACUAUAACCCAGCUUGCUGCUGCUGCGCUUUUCGCAUUCCUCAUCAUAUUCUUCCUCGAUCGAAAUUUCCGCCUCCUUCCCAAUGCUGUACACGAGUAUAUGCCCCAACACCAUCAUGGACUUGUCGUGACCGAUGUUACAAUUACCCAAUGCUCCAAAGUGAAUCUGUUUUCAUCCUGCAAGCUCGACCCUGACCUCUGGCAUCGCGUCGAAAAGAACCUCUACCUCGAUAAAUCCUGGGUCUCUAGUGCUUAUGUCCAUGUCCAAAGGAAGAAGGAGGAGGAGCUUACAGCUGACGACAAGGUCGUCGUAGGACUUACCGUUGGUCGACUGGAUCCUUCAAAUAGUGCCAAGGGCCAGGCCGAUGAGAGAUGGGAGUCCCGUCAGGCUGGGUUAUGGGUCUUGCGAUCGUCUAAGCCAACCGCGAGUGAUUCUAAGAAAGCUGUCACGGCUGUUGACGUCCUCUUUGGUGACGAUGCCGUCGAAGCUCGAGACGGAUGGGAGCUUCAGAAUACACCAUUACUACUUGAGACUGGUCCGGACAUACCUAGUGCCCACAUCACAGUUCGGCAGGGGGGCGACGUGGAGCCUAUAAAACCCCAGCCCCGGAUAAAUAACAAUGGAAAGUUUAAGAUAAUGCAGCUGGCAGAUCUGCACCUGAGCACGGGCGUGGGUCACUGUCGGGACGCCGUUCCCGACGAAUACGAAGGAGGGGCUUGUCUGGCAGAUCUACGAACGCUCGACUUCGUAUCAAAGUUAUUAGACGAGGAGAAACCCGAUCUAGUCGUUCUCAGCGGCGACCAGGUGAAUGGAGACACCGCACCCGAUGCUAAAUCAGCUAUCUUCAAAUACGCGCAUCUCCUUAUUAAACACAAGAUACCCUACGUGUCUAUAUUCGGUAACCAUGACGAUGAAAAAACGUUGUCGAGAGCAGGUCAGAUGGAAAUUAUUGAACAAUUACCGUAUUCUCUGUCGGUAGCUGGACCAGAUGAUAUCGACGGUGUUGGCAACUAUUAUAUCGAGGUCCUCGCACAAGGAAGUUCGAAACACUCUGCGCUCACGGUAUACUUACUCGACUCACAUGCGUAUUCUCCAGACGAGCGACAAUGGAGUGGGUAUGAUUGGAUCAAGAAGAACCAGAUCGACUGGUUUCGGCAGACUGCGGAGGGUUUGAAGAAGAAGCACAAGGAAUACACGCACAUCCAUAUGGAUCUGGCCUUCAUCCACAUCCCCCUUCCCGAAUAUAGGGAGAAGGAUUCCCAAUACGUAGGCGCAUGGAGGGAAGGUGUCACUGCACCUAAAUUUAACUCUGGAUUUCGCGAUGCUUUGGUUGAACAAGGUGUCGUUAUGGUUAGCUGCGGACAUGAUCAUGCCAAUGAGUAUUGUAUGCUUUCUGCCGACGAGAACACCAACAACCCUGAGCUGUGGAUGUGCUACGGCGGUGGUGCCGGGUUUGGAGGUUAUGGAGGCUAUGGUGAAUACGUCCGUCGGGUUCGGCUCUUUGACAUCGACAUGAAUGAGGCCCGAAUCACGACAUACAAACGAAUGGAAUAUGGCGAUACAGCAGGUCAUAUCGACCAACAAAUUAUUGUUGACGGAGGGAAUGUCAUACCCCCUAGAGCAAAGAGGUGAACAAUGGGCAACAAGCUUAAAACUGACGAAGAUGGGCCUCUGCCAAGAGUGAAUAUGGCUGCGGCUUGAUCACUUGAAGAGCUCUAUGCACUACUCAUGGAAAGGACAUAUUGGAUCCUCGCCGAUUUUACCCUUUUUGAGUACCUUGGAUUGGGGUCGUGUUACAUCGCGUUACGCGGCAACUUGGACCCGAGCACUGGAGAUGAGUCAGUUAGUAGAUAAAUUCAAUCAGAAGGAAUAAUCGUAAAAUCAAAAUAACGGGCUCACAAGCGCGUUAUAAAGCGACGAUAGAAUUGGAAGGCUGGAGGCAAGCUGUGGCGUCUAACACACAGGCGUGUGCCCGUGUCCUGAGUAUUAAAAGACCGAGUUAAAAGAGCGUAUACGGGGUAUAUAUAGAUAGCGGAUGGUAAGAUACUCACUAUCAGAUACCGAAUGUUAUGCUAGACGAAUGAAGCUAUUAUGAA